AUGCUGGCGCUGGUGUCCCUGACCAACCUGCGGAACCACGUGCUCACGCUGGUGCCCUCCUCAGGCCCUCGGAGUUGGAUGGAGGAGUACUUUUUGCUGGCGAUGAUCUUCAUGUUCCUGAACCUGGUGGGCCACUGUGUGUCCUUUUACUUGGACAGCGUUGGAAGGACCAAGAUGCAGCAAAUGGCGAAUAAGGUGAACCUGUGGGGGAUGCUUUCGCUGUUUCUGCUCAUUGCCAUGAUCCUUUUGCAUUCCCGGGAGUGCCAACUCGUGGACGAGGGCCUCGCCUCUGGGCUGGUGGUGUCCUGCGCUGCGCUGAAUCUGCUGGUCUUCCUGUUCCUCGCGUGGCACCACCGAGACCUGGCGCAUCCCGAGGAGUCUGGCCAAAUCAGCGUUCCGUUCGAGAUUCUGAAUGCGCCGCACUUUCUGGACGCCCGGCUGCUGCUAGACCCUGCCACCGCGGAUGCGAUGGAGGUCCACCUAAAGCAGCUGUUUGUGGUGGCAGGGGCCGCUGCCAUCUCAGACGUGCGUUUGGAGGAGCCCCAGGUGAUCUUCCGAGAGGUGACCAAGAAGGAGACUACCAUCGAUGAAUGGUUUUUCACGUACCCCGUGGAUACGAAGAUCGGGGAUCACCUGGAGCCGGUGGAGCCCGGAAUCGCAUCAAACAACACAGGACAGGCGGCGUUCGGAUUCGCAGGACUUGUCGUGCUCUGUACCUGGCUGUGGGACCUACUACACUGA